UCAGUGUCGUUGUAUUUUCUGGUCCUUUGGGAUCAUAGAGUCCAUUCAAUAUUUGUGAAAUAGAAUUCCGUUUAAGCCAUUGCUAGGGGCGUGAGGGGUGUUUCUGUUAUUUUUCUUAGUUGCAUUUUAUCCUUCCAAAAGGUCUUCUGAUAAAUUUAGUUUUCCUUCUAAUGGCUUAACAUGUCUUUUAUGACUAGACCUGUCUUUUCCCCAAUAGAGAGUGAGCCACAUCAGGAGGUAUAUCUAAAUGCAACAAAGUGGUCAGUUACUGAUGUAGUACACUACUUCAAUGAAAAAGGUUUCAGCGAAUCAGCAAACGCUUUUAAAGUACAGGAAAUUGACGGUCAGUCCCUUUUGUUGCUGAAAAGAUCAGACGUUCUCCAGGGUCUGCCCCUUAAACAUGGUCCUGCUCUCAAGAUAUACAACCAUGUAAUCAAACUCCAGACCACAACGAAUGAUGGUUGUAUAUCUUUAGAGCAGGACCAAGUUUAUGUUUGUGCAGUAAACAAAUGCAGUAAGAAACAUGUGAACUGGAACACCGAGGUAUAUACAAUGAGAUGUGAACCAUUCGGCAACAAAAUGCAACAAAAAUUAUAUCCGCCUAUACAAGUACUAGGUAUCUGA